AUGCAGAGGGCGUUCGCAGGGACCAUCAAAGCGCCCUGCGCCCCCGAGCCGGAGGCUCCUUUCCGCGCUCAGGCAGCAGCUGGCGCAGGCCACGGGCAAGCAGGCACAGCACACCGCGGCGCGCGGGGCCCAGGACCCGCUCUCAGGCUCCGGGGCCCCAGCGAGCCUGCGGGCUCUGCAGGCUGCACCAUCCGCGAGGUCCGCGGGCGAAGGCCCGCUCCUACAGCCAGCUGCCUCGCCUUGCUCCUUUCUUGUUUUAGCGUCAUGUACUGUCUCCGUUCUCAUAUUAGAUCAUAA